AUGCUGGAAGUCAGUAUAAUUGAGACACUGCCAUUGACGGUCAACGAUCUUGCCAGAUCGACCGCUGCUGAUUGCACAGUACGUGUGCUAUUGCAAGGUUUGAAGAAUGGGAAGAAAAUCGAUGCGCGAGAUCGUUUUGGGAUCGACCAAAAUGAGUUCGCUCUUCAACAGGGAUGCAUUAUGCGCGGAAUUCGUGUGUACGUUCCACCAGAGCUGCGGCAAAAUGUACUAACGGAAUUGCACUCCACUCACUUUGGUACCACACGGCUGAAAUCGCUCGCUAGAGGGUACGUCUGGUGGGAACGAAUCGACAAAGACAUCGAGGAGCUUGUACGAAGUUGUGCGUCUUGCCAGAUGACACGUCCUGAUCCUGUUAAAGUGCCACUACACUGCUGGGAAACGGCAAAAGAACCCUUCGAAAGGGUGCACGUUGAUUUCGCCGAUCCAUUCAGGGGUACGUAUUUUAUUGUUUUCGUCGAUGCUUAUACGAAAUGGCCAGAGGUGAAGAUUUUGCGAGACAUUACUACAAGUACCACUAUCUACGCGUGUCGUGAAUUUUUUGCUGCCUACGGGAUACCUGCUGUGCUCGUUAGUGAUCAUGGCGUACAAUUUACGUCAGCCGAGUUCCAGAGGUUUCUGAAGAUCAACGGUGUCUUCCACAAGAUGGGUGCUCCGUACCACCCGGCUACGAACGGGCAGGCAGAGCGUUUUAUCCAAACGUUUAAGAACAAAAUGAAGGCUCUCAAUUGCGAUAAGUCCAAGAUGCACUCUGAGCUUUGCAACAUCUUGCUUAGUUACAGGAAAACUAUACACCAGGCUACAGGGAAGUCGCCUUCGAUGAUGCUGUUCAACAGACAAAUCCGGUCUCGUCUUGAUUUAAUGGUACCGAAUACAACUAGCACUGUGGACAAUCCAGAAGUUGCCAUCAAAUCAUUUGUCGAGGGGACGCGAGUGGCUGCUCGUGACUAUUUGGACAAAGAAAAGUGGAAGUACGGUCACGUUGCUGAAAAGCUGGAUCUGGGUUGUAACGUCGUCGGCUUUGUCGUCCAGCGAAAGUGUGCCAUCGAUCCGUCUAUCGAAGGAACGGGCAAGUGCAAGUGUGAUAGCACUUCGAAGGGAGUGUGCGCGGAACGCGAUAAGAAGCAAACACGAGAAACGGGACGGUGA